AUGCCUGUGAAUCUUUCCUUAUAUUUGGUCACGGACUCUACUCCGAAAAUCCUUGGAGACCGAGAUCUCUGCUCUGUUGUCGAACAGGCAGUCAAAGGCGGAGUCACUAUUGUUCAAUACAGAGACAAACACAGUGACACGAGAGAGUUGAUCGAAACAGCGGCAAAACUACAUUCAAUAACCCUUGAUCAUGGCAUCCCACUUAUCAUCAAUGAUCGUGUUGAUGUUGCUAUUGCCGUUGGGGCUGAGGGAGUUCACUUGGGCCAGGAUGACAUGGAUAUUUACGUUGCGAGGAAAAUGCUUCCCAAGGGAACUAUUAUUGGAGUUACAGUUUCGUCAAUUGAGGAGGCCCAGGCUGCAGUUGAGAGCGGCGCGGAUUACCUAGGCAUAGGUACCGUGCAUGCCACACCGACCAAAACUAAUACAAAGUCUAUCAUUGGCACUGCGGGGGUUAAACACAUUCUCAACCAUGUUUCAUCUAUAUCCCACAAUGUUGGCACAGUGGCUAUUGGAGGUAUCAACCUCAACAAUGCCCAGCGAGUCAUCUACCAAUCCCAGGGCACGACAAAGGGGCUCGAUGGUGUUGCGGUAGUAAGUGCAAUAAUGGCCGCGGAUGACCCUCAAGCAGCUGCGGCUUCAUUUCUGGAAAAAUUAAGCCAAAAUCCUGCAUUUGCUACUAUUCCCAUCACCCCUCGUGAAAAUGAAGAGAGCCUCCUCCUCAAUGGUGUCAAUUCACUUGUUCGGAAAGUGGCCAUUUUCAACCCCUUAUGCCAUAAUAUGAUUAACUAUGUUGUAGCUAACUUUGCUGCAAAUGUUGCCCUUGCUAUUGGUGCCUCCCCAAUUAUGUCAGGAUAUGGCCUGGAAGCCCCUGAUCUGGCUAAGAAUAACGGUGCUUUACUUAUAAACAUGGGAACGUUAAAUAACGAGAGCAUGGACAACUAUUUGCAGGCAAUCCGUGCCUACAAUGAAACCGGGAACCCCGUGGUCCUAGACCCCGUCGGAGCUGCUGCCACCCAACUUCGGAGACAAUCCGUCAAGACGCUGAUGCAAGGUGGUUACUUUGAUCUCAUCAAGGGUAAUGAGAGUGAAAUAAGUUACAUAUACGGCUACACCGGCGGACACCAAGUUGGCGUCGACAGCGGACCGAGAUGCGUUGUGCUUCUCACUGGUUCCACUGACUACCUCAGCGACGGCUCGCGUACCGUUGCCAUUCGUAAUGGCCACCCACUUCUCGGCCAGGUUACAGGCACCGGCUGUGCUAUUGGCACUAUCACUGCUGCAUUCCUUGCCGUGGAGAGGCAUGACAAACUUCUCGCGGUGUUAUCUGCUCUGCUCAUGUUUGAAGUUGCCGCCGAACGAGCUGCAAGUAACGGUGUCAAGGGACCAGGCAGCUUCGUUCCUGCACUACUGGAUGAGUUGUACUCGCUCAGAACCCAGGCCAUGGGAUCCAAUGCUGCUCCAAUGGAUACCAUCAAAAAUGCGGCCAAAUUGAAUUUCAUUCAUCUUUAA